AUGCGCUUGGCCAAGUUUUUCUCUUACCGCUUGGAGUCAUACAAGGAGUUCACUUGUGAGUUCUUGGCAUCAAUGAGGUUCCACAAGUACAGGCAGCUCGAUCGAGCUGAGUUGGAUCAAGGUUGGGGAUGGAUCACGUUCUUGGCAAGAGGAGAAAGGAAGACAGUAACCUUCAGACAAUUGGAGAUCCUUUUCGGUUUCACUUAUGGGGAGGGAACCCAUUGGGAUAUCAAGGAGGAUGAGCUACAAGGGGUUUGGGCUACAAUCGCUGAUGGAGUAUACUCUUCCUCACGGUCUAAGGCAGCUCAAAUCAGGAGCCCAGUGUUGAGAUAUGUGCACAAGGCUCUCGCCAACACCUUCUUGCAAGAAAGGCGACUGGGACAAUAA